GAAAUGAAGUUACUUCAAGAAGAACAGCAAAACUGCGAAUUUAAGCAUGGAUUCUGAAAGUAACAACAAAAGCGUGACAGACGCAAGUUCAACAGAUGAAAGUGUCAGUUUUUCCCAUGUCACCGCUGUGGCCACUGGAUGGAUGUUGGACUUUAUGUUUGUAAGUUUGUGUCGGCAUUUCCAGGAAGGCAAACAUGAUGAAUUCAAUGAAACGCUUUCGACGUUAGAGGGCAUUUCUCAGAGUUCAUCUCUGAAAGGAGACCUCCAUGAUGAGAAAAUGAUGAUAUGUGCUUUCCUUGCAAGAGUCAUGCAUGGAAAGCAAUUGGAUGUCCAGUUUGAAGAGGAUGACCGUGUGAUGCCUCUGAUGUCUGCCGCCAAAAUAUGGUCAAAACUGGAGAAAACUGUGGCAGACGAAGGAGUGUUCAAAAACGUUACCAUCCUUUUGCUUGUGCAGUCUGUGUCUGUGUGCUUGGAGAAAGGCCAAAAAUCUUCGGCCGUCUCUGCUCUCAAGUGGUUUGAGAAAAACCGUGAGUUACCACAGAACUUCGGCACUAAGCUGUCAACAAUAGUGACACAAGGGGAAACGUACCACCCAUUCUUUACAAGCUUCAGCUUCAGUCGACUGCUGGAGGCAACCCAGUCUUUCUUGGAUGCCUACUUGGAGAAGAAUCCCUCUGACUACAUUCUCAAGGCGGCCACAGAGAUGGUCAAGUCGUCGCACAACUUUGAAGGUUUGGAGGACGUGGUGACGCAGGACAGCCCUCUGUCCAAACCAGACGACACAUCAGACGAAGAAUCAUCAGAGGAUAGAAAGAAAAAGGAGAACACUGUACAUUUGAGAACAAAACGGAAACUACUGUCAACUAAAAUGACUGAUGUAUGGAAACCUGAUAUAUGCACGACGCCUUUUGUGUCUCUCAGAAGAAUCUCCCAGAAUGAGUUAUCUCAGAUGAUAUCAGAGAAGUCAAUGAAUGCCUCGCCGAUCAAAAAAACAAGAAAACCACCUCAGAAAUGGACAGCCCAGCUUGACAAAUACCUCAAGAAUGGUGUUAAACGUCACGGCCAGGGGAAGUGGUCUCGCAUAUUAAUGGAUUAUGACUUUGAAGGACGCACUGGCACCAUGCUCAAAGACCGCUGGAGGGUCCUAAUGAGGACUCAUGAAGUCGGCUGAGGAGGGACAGCGCCUCUCGAGCAAUUUGCCUGUAGAUAAAAACAUUAUCAGCUGAUCCGCUCAUUUAACCUGUUUCAGCCCUGUGGACUAAUUGCUGAAAUAGUUCCUUUGUGUUAUUGGUGUUUUUAUUUGCUGCUGUUCUGUCUGCAUUAAGAAAAUAUACCACUAGAGGGCACUUAACACAGAACAGUGAAUUGGACUAUAUUUAAUAUAUUUUUGCCAGAAAAUCGUUAAAUGAAUAGAACUCUGGGUAGUUACAAUAAAAAUAAGCAAAAUCAGUUUUAAAAAAAGGUAAAAUGCUGUACAAGUGUGCUGCAAAGUUAUACAGAACAAUGGAAAUGUGCAUGGCGACUACAGUGAUUUGCUUUUAUCAAUGUGUAGCAUAUUUAUCAGAAAUAUAACUGCAUUGCACCACUGUUGAGUCUUAAGUCUCUUCUUAGUUUUGAAAGCCUGCUGUAUUGAGGCAUCAGAUCUGAAAAGUAUUUCGGUUUCUCUGACAAGGGGAGCUUUGCUUGGCUGCAGAAUGUUAUUGUGGACACCAGAUCAGAGAUUGUUCCUUGGUGCUUUUGUUUGGAUCAGAUGAAGACGAAGCUGUGUUGUGGUGGACAGUCGCACUGCUGGGUUUUCUGGAUCUUCUUCCAUGUCCCGCUGCACUGUUGGUUCCCCACCGCCUGCCAGUGGAGCACAGCUUCUCUGCAACACAGUCACAGUCGCAGCGUGUAUGGUUUUCACACCACCAUCUGCAUAGUUUUACACAUUCACAUCUGUGCAGUACAUGUGGAAGUUUAACUGAUGUACUGCCUUGCUCAAGGGCACGUUAAGGUUUCAUGGCUUGCUAAAUAUGGUUAUUUUGACUUGUUUCAAAAUGUUCAAUAAAUUUGGGAUUGAUAUAAUGUAAAA